CUAUUUAUGUAUAAACCAAAACUGAUUUCAGGUGUCGAGGCUUGUGGAAUCGUGACAGCUGUGGGACCAGGUCUAACCGGCAGGCAAGUUGGAGAUCUUGUAGCCUAUGCUGGUCAGCAAAUGGGCUCAUAUGCAGAAGAGCAGAUCCUUCCUGCAAACAGAGCUGUGCCUGUUCCUCCUUCCAUUGAUCCUAAAGUUGCAGCCUCCCUCAUGCUUAAGGGUACAACAGCUCAGUUUCUACUACGCCGCUGUUUCAAGGUCGAACCUGGACACACAGUCCUUGUUCAUGCAGCAGUUGGUGGAGUUGGAUCCCUUUUAUGCCAGUGGGCUAAUGCCCUUGGUGCGACUGUCAUUGGGACUGUAUCAACUAAAGAAAAGGCAGCUCAGGCCAAGGAGGAUGGAUGCCACCACGUCAUAAUAUAUAAGGAAGAGGACUUUGUCACUCGUGUGAAAGAAAUAACAUCCAACAAUGGGGUUGAAGUUGUCUACGAUUCUGUAGGGAAGGAUACGUUUGAGGGAUCACUGGAAGUCUUAAAACUUCGGGGAUACAUGGUGAGUUUUGGGCAGUCAUCAGGUGCGCCUGAUCCAGUUCCGUUAUCAGCUAUUGCAGCGAAAUCACUUUUCUUGACUCGGCCUAGCCUCUUUGAUAGGAGCAUAUUCAUUCAGGGGAAUCUUCCUGUUGAGAAGUGGGUAGAGACGACCUCGUGGUUUUUGGGCAAGGAGUCUGCGGCCUGGUGGGAGCAGGAAUCUCGUCGUUUGACUACAGCGGAAAAGACUGAUUGGGAUGUUUUCCAAGAAUUGUUCAGGAGAAGGUUUGUGCCUCUUGAGUAUAUUGAUCGAAAGAAGCAGGAAUUUACUGAGUUGAGACAGAGGAAGUUGACAGCGAAUGAGUACUAUCGGAACUCCAACAUGCGGUUCUCAGUGGUUCCAGGGAGGACAAAUUCAGCAGGGGGAGAUCGCUUCGAGUAG